GGUCCGCGAGAGGACGGCGGAGGGAGGGCGCGCACCUGAGGAUACAGAGCGGGCACCCACUGCCUUCUCGCCCCCAGGUGAUGUGCCAGGUCCGAAGAACAGAAGAUUUAAAACCCCGCCGGGGCCUGCAUGUUGAAUGAGAGACCCAGGGAAGGCGUCACCAUGAACACGAGCAUACCUUAUCAACAGAACCCUUACACUGCCCGAGGCAGCUCCAGUGUCAUCCAGUGCUACCGCUGUGGAGACACGUGCAAAGGGGAAGUUGUUCGUGUCCACAACAACCACUUCCACAUCAGAUGUUUCACCUGUCAAGUGUGUGGCUGUGGCCUGGCCCAGUCGGGCUUCUUCUUCAAGAACCAAGAGUACAUUUGCACCCAGGACUACCAGCAACUCUAUGGCACCCGCUGUGACAGCUGCCGGGACUUCAUCACAGGCGAGGUCAUCUCCGCCCUGGGCCGCACCUACCACCCCAAGUGCUUCGUGUGCAGCCUGUGCAGGAAACCUUUCCCCAUUGGAGACAAGGUGACCUUCAGUGGGAAAGAGUGUGUGUGCCAGACAUGCUCCCAGUCCAUGACCAGCAGUAAGCCCAUCAAGAUCCGUGGACCAAGCCAUUGCGCUGGCUGCAAGGAGGAGAUCAAGCAUGGCCAAUCACUCCUGGCGCUGGACAAACAGUGGCAUGUCAGCUGCUUCAAAUGCCAAACUUGCAGUGUCAUUCUCACCGGGGAGUACAUUAGCAAGGAUGGCGUUCCGUACUGCGAGUCCGACUACCACUCCCAGUUUGGCAUUAAAUGCGAGACCUGUGACCGGUACAUCAGUGGCAGGGUCUUGGAGGGGAGCCACAGAGGGCUGAAGGCGUGGAUCCAUCUGAGCUUCCGUUGUGUUCCCGGCCCCUUAGGUUCUGAGGUUUGGCACCCCAUCUGCAAGCAGGCAGCCCGGGCAGAGAAGAAGUUAAAGCAUAGGCGGACAUCUGAAACUUCCAUCUCACCCCCUGGAUCCAGCAUCGGGUCGCCCAACCGAGUCAUCUGCGCAAAAGUGGACAAUGAGAUCCUUAAUUACAAAGACCUGGCAGCUCUCCCCAAGGUUAAAUCCAUCUACGAGGUACAGCGCCCCGACCUCAUUUCCUACGAGCCUCAUUCCAGAUACACGUCUGACGAGAUGCUGGAGAGAUGUGGCUAUGGCGAGUCGCUGGGAACGUUAUCUCCCUACUCGCAGGACAUCUACGAGAACCUGGACCUUCGGCAGAGACGGGCCUCCAGCCCCGGCUAUAUCGACUCCCCCACCUACAGCCGGCAGGGCAUGUCCCCCACCUUCUCCCGCUCGCCUCACCACUACUACCGCUCCGGGCCGGCGAGUGGCCGGAGCUCUCCAUACCAUAGCCAGUUAGAUGUGAGGGCCUCCACUCCGACCUCUUACCAGGCUCCCAGGCACUUUCACAUCCCAGCUGGAGAAAGUAACAUCUACCGGAGACCUCCCAUCUACAAGCAGCAUGGCGAUUUGUCCACCACCAGCAAGAGCAAGACAAGUGAAGACAUCAGCCAAGCGUCCAAGUAUAGCCCAGCCUACUCGCCAGACCCCUCCUACGCCGCAGAGUCUGAGUACUGGCCCUACCACGGGUCCCCCAAAGUGCCCCGAGCCAGGAGGUUCUCAUCCGGAGGAGAGGAGGAGGAUUUUGACCGCAGCAUGCACAAGCUCCAGAGCGGAAUUGGCAGACUGAUUCUGAAGGAGGAGAUGAAGGCCCGGUCCAGCUCCUAUGCAGACACGUGGACCCCGCCCCGGAGCUCCACCAGCAGCCGAGAGGCCCUGCACACCUCUGGCUACGAGAUGUCCCUCAAUGGCUCUCCUCGGUCCCACUACCUCGCUGACAGCGAUCCCCUCAUCUCCAAGUCGGCUUCCCUGCCUGCCUACCGGAGAAAUGGGCUGCACAGGACACCCAGCGCAGACCUCUUCCACUAUGACAGCAUGAAUGCCGUCAACUGGGGCAUGCGAGAGUACAAGAUCUAUCCUUACGAGCUGCUGCUGGUGACCACGAGAGGAAGGAACCGGCUGCCCAAGGAUGUGGACCGGACUCGUUUGGAGCGCCACCUGUCCCAGGAAGAGUUCUACCAAGUCUUCGGCAUGACCAUCUCCGAGUUUGACCGGCUGGCCCUCUGGAAGCGGAAUGAACUGAAGAAGCAAGCCCGGCUGUUCUAGGCGGAGGCUCUAUAAAUAUAUAUGUGCAUUUAUAUAAAGAUAUAUGUAAGCUCUCUAUCCUGAAGCGCAGUGCAGCCCUUUCUCAUGUAAUGGGGCUUGCUGCCUGCCCUGAGACGCGCUUGUCUGCGCUGCCAGGCGAGCCCACGCCAUCGAGACAUUUUGAUACCCCUCACCUUCUCUUUUCUAAGUGCUGUGCGAUUUGGGAAGGGAUGUGAUUGGGGACUCCCGCCCUUUUCUUGGGGAUCUUUUUUCUACUAAAACAUCUGUCCCCCGAAACCCAACUCCCUCUCCUAAGAGCGGCGCCUGCAGAAGCCUCCCUCCUGGCUGCAUCCCGGGGCCCCGGGCCUCCAGUCAGCAUCACCUUGCCAUUUGUGGGCCUCCUUGGCCCAGCGGCGGGCGGGGUUCCCCACGGAGGAGGCGCAGGGAUCGCCCAAAGUCACGGAGCGCCUUUGAGAGCCGGGAGAAGCUUUUUCUUGGUCCCCUUAUUAGGACUUGGGUGCUCUCUGGGGGUGAUGGGCCCCCGUUGUGAGCUUGGGCCUCCAAUCUCCUCCACACACCAGUGAACCACAGGGGGCGGGGGCGGGGCCUCCCCACAGCUGUGUAACUUUCCUCUUUCUGUCCUGUCUCCUUACACGCUCUCCCUGGUCUGAACCAGGGGCUCCUGGUAGGAAAAGAAAACAAGGCACGUGUGUUCCCUCCCCACUUCUGAAUGGCCCUGCAGCCUGGCCGCUUUGGCUGGCUCCCACUGGGAGAAGGAAGGAAGGGGAGGGCCCUGGGGCAGGAGCAGGACCCCUGUUGCAAUUGGAGCUGCAGAACCCUCUGGAAGCUGCCCUCACCCUCCCUCCUCCCAGCCUCCCUCCCGCCCUCUGGUCUUUCUUUGCAGGAGAGGUCCUUUCCUGCAGCCUGUGCUUCAGCCUUACUACAAUCUAUGUGCCUGACACCUCAACACAGCACAGGGCUAGCGUUCCCACUAUAGCUCCAUCUGAUCCACUAGAUGUUCUAUCGCCAGCCACCCUCUUGAGAGGCCAUGCCGGUCACGUGCCCAAGAAAGGCUCCAGGUCUGUGCCUGCUGAUCCAUGGUCCCCUGACAGCCCUCAGGCCUCUCCGUGCACGUGGAGUUUUCAUGCGGGGAGUUUUUUACAAGGAUGGCUUCCCUCUGAGAUUCCAAGUGAAGGGCUGGUCGGCACUUCUCAGGACCAUCCUGGAUUCCCCUGGGAGCUGCCUUUCCUACCUCCUUGUCUUCGGGAGCAGGAGUAGAAAACUUAGCCUUCUCUCCUCCCCUCUCCAAACGCUCCCUCCAUGAAGCCACCUGAGUCAGGCCAGGCUGAGGUUGUGGAGGAAGGAUGAAGUGCAAGUGACAAGUAAUGACUCUCAAGAGGCUGGUCACUGGACACAGCAAAUGUAGACCUUAGUUCAACUCAGCACACCUUCACUGAGCACCUGCUGCUGCUGAGCACCUGCUGCAUACUGAGCACCCGGUGGGGAGGGGUGCAGACACUGAGAUGAAUCAACACGGCCCUAUGGAUAGUGGGGGGCAGUUACGCAUGCUCCCAGACCCGAACGUAAGGCAGAAAGUGACAGGAGCGAGCACGAGGAAGUGUGGCUUUGCCAGAAAGGCCCGUGGAGCUGCUUGCAGACCAGGGAACGCUUUCUAGAAGAGACUGUGUUUGAGCAAAAUUAAAGAAGGAUCUUCAGUUAACCCGGAAGAGACUGGAAGUUAAAAGGGUGACGGGCAGAGGGCCGGAAGGGAGGUCUAGUGUACUUUCACUUAACAUGUCAAAUGUCAACCCUCCCCUGAAACUUCUCCUUUUUGGCCAAUGUCUUUCAACUUUCCUGACCUUUGGAAAUGUCCCCAGCCAGUCACAAUCAUCGAAACUGCCUCAUUACCACUGAUUGAGACCUUGGCGGGAUUGGAGGGCUUUUGUUGUUGGAUAUUUUUGUUUGUUUGCUUCCCAUAAAAGCACAUCAUUUCAACCAG